AUGAAGCUUUUGACCAAGUGCGUUGGGAACGUAGACCUAGAAAAGGAGUUCGCUGAGGACGAGGUUGAGGCGGGUGUGAACAAGAUGAAGUGCCACAAAGCAGCAGGAGCGGAUGGGAUAGUCAACGAGUUCAUGAAGUUUGGGGGGAAGGGGAUGAUCCAGCUGAUGGUACUGCUGUACAAUUGGGUGUGGAAAAACGAGUAUACGCCAAGUAGAUGGAGGGAAGGAGUGGUUGUGAACUUGUUUAAGAAAGGAGACAAGACUGACCCAGGAAACUACAGGGGGAUCACACUGUUGAACACAGUAGGAAAAGUGUUCUGUAAGCUGCUGAACGAUAGGAUAGUGGGAGUAUUGGAGAAGGAACAUAGCGCUAGUGAGGGCCAGGCAGGUUUCCGUAAGAAGAGGGGGUGCGUAGACCACGCAUUCCCGGUAGGGAGAAUCAUCCAAGGUAGAGAGAGGGCGGGAAAGCCGACGGUCUGCUUCUUCCUGGACGUGAAAAAGGCAUACGACACCAAGAAGAAGAUGACAGAGUGUACGAAAAGCGCGGUCAUGCUAGACGGAGAACUGUCAAAAUUCUUCUCAAUCAGAUACUUCGCUCUCAAUCAGGCGAAUAUGUUGUUAACAUCGUUCCAGAUGUUCAUCAACGAUCUGUUGGAAGUCGUAGAUGCAGGCCGGAAGGGAGGAGUAAAAGUAGGGGACACGGAAACGUCGGUUUCAGGAAUGCUGUUUGCGGAUGAUUUUGUCGGUAUGUCGGACACCCCUGAGGGACUGCAACUGCAAAAUGACGAGGCGAAGAGGUUUACCGAUAAGUGGAGAUUGUCUGCCAACGU